AUGGAUGAAGACAAAAUUGUAUUAAUCGGUAAUGAAACAGAUCUUCUCCAUUCCGGUUACAAUUUUGCAAUUAAAGCCGAAGGAAAACGAUUCCCCAGUUCAGUGCACUUCACACAUCAUGCAAUAUUGGCAUCAUUGAAACUACCGGAUCCAAUUAUCGAUGAGCUUUUAUGUACAACUAGCAGUGAUGUUCAACAAAAAGCGAUGGUCAUUUUACAAGAAAAUAUGCCAGACGGACAUGAUUUGAACACUCUAGGCGGUUAUUUAAUGACUAGUCUUCAUUCAUAUUCACUUCAGGGUCUCAGGCUGAGAGCUGAACAUGAUAAAGAGUUCGAAAGGACGCUAAUGAAAACAAAUGAAGCAUUAUUGAUAGUGUGUGAUGAGAAAAAUGCUCAAGUGGGUAUCGGAAUGGAUGAUAAAACAUUCAUGGAGUGGAUGGCAAAGGAGAAAGCGGAUUCCAGACAAAUCUCUUAUUGGAUGAAACAUCAACACACGAAACCAUCAGAUUUGGGUCAUAAUUGGUUGGGAAAAUAUUUGAUGUGGUUGAGGUUUGAGACGCAAGAGAAGCGAAAACAAGGACUUUUGCAAAGAGAAACGUUCCUCGUCCCGGGAAUAUCAAAAGAGAAAGAUGAUAAAGUAGCUAUGAUCUCAAUCAAUGAUUUGCUAAUUUGUUUGGAGGGAAUCUUCCGACCACUCUCCAACUACUAUGCCUUCCCAUUCGAAAUGAAAGGAGAAAGAUAUCGAUCUGUUGAGCAUUAUGCCUACGAGAAACUAUUCAAUUCGCUGAAACUUGAUGAUAAAGCAAUUGAAAAGAUUCAGACUACACCAGUUCCCUUGGAUGUUCCUACGGUCGCUGGAAAAGUUCUCAGAAGUUUAGAAAUUAGUGCUGAAACAAUUGCUGAAAAAACGACAAAAAUGGAUAGAUGGAGACAAUCAGCAAUGAAACAUAAAAUCUAUCAUAAUGAAUAUCUUCAACAACUGUUGCUUUCCACUGGUUCAGCUAUUCUUGUUGACACUUCGAUUGGUGACCCAGUGUGGACUUGUUGUGCUUCUGAAACUGAAUUACAACAUCUUCUGACAAAACCAUAUGUAACACCGCAGAAAUUAAUUGGAUUUAUGUUAGACGGAGAACAGAAGACCACACCGAAAAGUUUACGACAUUUGUAUGGAAACAAGAGUGGUUUAUUGUUGAUGGAAUUGAGAGAGAGGAUGUCUAUUCAUACAACGAGUCGUAUCCCAUUGCUCUCUGCCAUCAACACAGCCCCGCUGAAAUCUAUCGUCACACCAAACGUAAUCUGUUUCACACCGGAAUCUGUCUUCCACCCGUUGUAUCCUGCUGAAAUCCGAUGUUCUCAUGAUGGACCACCUCUUCCAUCACCUGCUCAUUAUGUAGCUACUCAGGCAGCAAAACUUCUGAACAUAAACAAAGAAGAUACUGAAUACAUUCUCGAAGAGACUUCAUCAAUCCAGUGUUGGCAACGUCUUCAUGAAGUGAUUGAAUUAAGAGGACGGGGGUUGGAAUUAGAGCAGACAUGGUGGAUGGAUAAACGAAUGCAAUUCAUCAAAGAGUCACUUCAACUCCUAUUCGAUCAACAUCCGCCACUCUUGAGAUGUCUUCUGGAUACUGGAGAUUCUCUUUUGGUUUAUUGUUCGAGGUUCUCAUCGAUGGAUGCAGAAUUGAGUAUUGGAAUGAGAGAAAUGGAUUUCAGAUGGUGGAUGCAAGAAGUUGGAAUGUCUACACAAACUCUGAUAGACAUGUGCUCUCACCCGAUGGCUUUCCGUCCUCCAUACCUUGGUGGCAACCGUCUUGGACUGAUUCUAAUGGAACUUCGUCGUGAAUUUGUCCUUCAAGGAGUAUUCCCUCAACAACUUCCAGAACUUCAACUAACCCCCGACUCGAUUUUGGGUACCAAUUCGCCGUCGGAAAAUUUCAUGACUUCGGAACACUUUGAUAUUUUGCAACCAUGGAAUUACACGGCUCUCUGGAUUAAUCCACUCUUCCUUCUUGCCAAAGACGGACAUCCAGAAGCAAUGGUUCAAUGUACAAGAAUCAAAACCUCCCCACGAAUGGUUACGAUUGACGAUGAGAAAGUGACGGAAAUGGUACAGAAUCUGGUGACAGAGGAGUCACAUGAUGCGACAUUGGGACGAAUUGCAGCCGAGGAUUUGAGAGCAGUUUUCAUGAAAUUGUGUGGAAGAUUGAGAACAAAAAUGGAGACGUUGGAUCGACAAGCGAUGGAAAUUGCAAUGGUGGCGAUGGAGACACACCGCCUCCAAUCAAUACGUCGAAGCCUCUCCGACACAAAUGAUCGAAGUGAGGACGGACCGUCUUCAUCGUCUGGUCCCUCGAUUUCUGCCCCACCAGUCCCAUCCAACAGACCUCGAACUCCCGGAUCACACCCUCCAUCUUCUUCUUCAUACCGAAUGCCUGCGGGACGAGAACGAGAUAGAGACGAUGAUAGAGAUGGCAGAGAAAGAGACAGAGAACGAGAUUCACGUCUACCAUCGAGUGCUUCCUCAUCUGCGAUUGCUGCUGGAAUUGCUCCCGGAUCAGCGUCAUCAUCACGGAAAGAACGAAUGGAGUACAAGAUACCGACGACGUCAAGAAGAAAGUUUGGAAAGGAUCGAGAAAGAGGGCCUGAGAAAUCAUCAAUGUCUUCUGAUCGGGGGAGAGAUAAAGAUAUUCCUUCCAAAAAGCGUCCUCAUACCUCUCCACCUUCUCGAAAAACUAUGCCAUCAUCUCCCAAAAAGACGGCUCCAACUCCGGUAACACCUGCCCCUGUGGUCCCUCCAAAACCAAAAAGAAAUCCGGACGAAGAACUUUCGGACGGAGAAAUUUUAUCGACCGACGAGGAAGAUAGUAAUUAA